AUGAGAGACUAUGAUAGCAUCACAUCUUUCCUUGGGAAAUGGGGACCCUUUCAGAUAACAGUUUUUGUUGCACUGGCAAUCAGCAUUCUCCCAAAUGGAUUCACUGGCAUUUAUAUAAUAUUUGUGGGUGAUACGCCACCUCAUGAGUGCUAUAUUCCUGAAAACUACAGCAUUAAUGAGAUGUGGAGAAAUGUGGCGAUCCCUAUGGAAAUGGUGGAUGGCAUUUCAAAGCGAAGCUCCUGCUCACGGCUCAACCUGACUAUUGUCAGGAACUACUCCAGUCACAACAUCAUCCCAAAUGUGGACGUGAAUGUGAGUGAAAUUCCUUUGGAGAGCUGCCUGGAUGGGUGGAAGUACAGUAAAGAAAUCUACCAGUCAACCAUUGUGACAGAGUGGGACUUGGUAUGCGAGAAUGGAUACAAAACCCCACUGACCACCUCUAUUCAUUACGUUGGCGCGCUACUGGGAACGUUUUUUUCAGGCCAGUUGUCUGACAGGUAUGGAAGGAAGCCAUUACUCUUUAUCAUGAUGGCUGUUCAGACUCUGACCACUGCAGCACAAAUAUUUUCCACGAGCUGGGAGGUCUUCACCUUCAUUUUCUUCCUUGUGGGCAUUGGGACAUACUCAAACUACAUCAUUGCAUAUGUACUUGGUUCAGAAAUUCUGAGUCCAGUUGCCCGUGUGGUCUUUGGCUCCCUCGGGGUUUUCAUGAGCUCAGGUUUGGGGUACAUGGCCAUGCCAGGUGUGGCCUAUUUCUUCCGUCAGUGGCGUGGGCUACUGAUUACCAUGGCUGCAUCUGGGCUGAUCUAUAUCCCUCUUUGGUGGUUCAUCCCAGAGUCUCCUCGGUGGCUGCUCUCUCAGGGGAGGGUGAAGGAGGCUGAGGCCAUACUGAGAGAUGCUGCUAAGAGGAACAAAGUAGAUGCUCCAGAGGUCAUUUUCACACAAAAAGAGAUCGAAGAUGCGUUAGCUGUAAAAGAAGAGAAGCACAGCAUUUUGGUUCUCCUGAGUAGCUGCAAUACAUUUGCCAUCACGUUGCUGUGUUGCCUUCUGUGGAUGAUCAUCACUAUUUCUUACUUUGCAUUGAUACUCAACACAUCCAACCUGCACGGAAACCCGUAUGUAAACUGCCUCCUGUCGGCUGUGGCGGAGGUGCCGGCUUAUAUCAUUGCCUUGCUGCUGCUCAAGCACUGCUCCAGGCACUUCUGUCAGUCAUCUACUCUCCUGCUAGGAGGCACAUUGAUCAUCUGUGUUCAGCUGAUUCCAAUAGAUUUACCAGAGGUUGCCAUCGGCCUUGAGAUGUUUGGGAAGUUUGGCAUCACAUCAGCGUUCUGUGUGGUGUAUGCCGUCACGUCCGAGCUCUUCCCCACUGUGGUGAGGAACAUGGCCAUGGGGACUUGUUCCAUGGCUGCUCGCAUUGGAACCAUCAUCUCCCCCUUCAUCAUCUACUUAGGAAAAUACUACAGGUCUCUCCCGUACAUACUGAUGGGAAGUUUGGCCAUUUUUGGCGGCCUCUUCUGUUUCCUGCUGCCAGAAACUUAUAAGAAGGUUUUGCCAGAAACCAUAUCACAAAUGCAGAAGAUAUGCAGGUGA